GCCAUUGCACAAAAGCGGCGCAUUUCCUCGCUUGUGAAAACCGUCCCUUCAUAUGAAAGAAAGAAAGAGGAGGGGGGGAACCAAAAGCAAGUUACCAAGAGCAAGAACUUGUGCUGCAACAAUCCCCCACUCUUCCUCUUCUCCUCAGGACUCUGGGAGCAGGGAUAUUCCUCCCCCUCCCCCCCGCACAGUUGGCGCUAGCCCAGACUGUGGUCAGCCGCCUUUAUUAUUACUUCAUUGAGACAGAGAAAUCCUCUAAGACUUGCAUUUUGGGUGGAGGGUGGGGGGUGGAGGGACGAGGAGGAGGAGGGAAAAAAGGCAACAUUUGCUGCUCAUCAUUUUCACUGCACCGCUAAAGUAACUGCGCCCCCCUCUCUCCUCCCUGUCCCUCCUCAGCUCGGAUUUUUCUCUCAUAGCUACAGCUCCAGUGGUACUAGACAUACCUUUUUUGUUUUUUUUUUUUUGUUUUUUGUUUUUUUGGGGGUGUUAUUCUGUUAUUCCACCCUUCCCUCCACCCCCCAAAUCUUCACGCGUUGCAUGUUUGCAAUUCGGUAAAAGCCCCCCCCCUUUUACCCCCAGCCCCCCCAAACUCCUCUCCAUCUCAGCCCGGCAGCUCACAUCAAAGCGCCCUUCCUCACUCACAGCGGCCGCUACUCACUAAUGGGAUUGCAGCGUGCCUGGCUCCGCUGCUGCAGCCGCCGGAGGGAGAGUCGCCGCUGCUGCACCUCUUCGCCGAGACUCGCCGGGUGCUGAGCUGCGGGGAUGAUCAGGAUCUUCCCGGAUUUCAGCGUGCAGGUGACGGCGGCGGCGGCCGGCGGGGCGGCCGGGGGGGUGCCGGCGGCCCCGGGCAUGGGGCGAGCAGGCGCCGCGGCCAACGGCAACCCGCAAAACGUCCAGGGCAUCACCUCCUACCAACAACGAAUAACUGUCCAGCAUCCUCUGCCCAACCAAUCAGAAUGUAGGAAAAUCUACCGAUAUGACGGAAUCUACUGUGAAUCUACCUACCAGAAUUUACAAGCUUUGAGGAAAGAAAAGUCUCGAGAUGCUGCUCGCUCUCGCCGGGGAAAAGAGAAUUUUGAAUUCUAUGAGUUGGCAAAGUUGUUGCCCCUGCCUGCAGCCAUUACCAGCCAGCUUGACAAGGCAUCCAUCAUACGACUUACAAUUAGCUAUCUGAAAAUGAGGGACUUUGCUAAUCAAGGCGAUCCUCCAUGGAACUUGAGAAUGGAAGGACCUCCACCUAAUACAUCAGUAAAAGUUAUAGGUGCCCAGCGCAGGAGAAGUCCCAGUGCCCUUGCCAUUGAAGUAUUUGAAUCACAUUUGGGAAGUCAUAUUUUACAGUCCCUGGAUGGAUUUGUAUUUGCACUAAAUCAAGAAGGAAAAUUUUUGUACAUUUCAGAAACUGUCUCCAUCUAUUUAGGCCUGUCCCAAGUGGAACUGACAGGCAGCAGCGUGUUUGACUACGUCCACCCAGGAGACCAUGUGGAGAUGGCAGAGCAGCUGGGCAUGAAGCUUCCCCCGGGGCGAGGCCUUCUCUCGCAGGGUACAGCAGAGGAUGGAGCCAGCUCAGCAUCCUCAUCUUCCCAGUCAGAGACCCCUGAGCCAGUGGAAUCUACAAGUCCCAGUUUACUAACCACUGACAACACUCUAGAGCGCUCUUUUUUCAUCCGGAUGAAAUCUACACUGACCAAGCGAGGAGUGCACAUCAAAUCGUCAGGAUACAAGGUGAUUCAUAUAACAGGCCGGUUACGUCUGAGAGUGUCACUGUCCCACGGACGGACAGUACCCAGCCAAAUCAUGGGACUUGUUGUCGUUGCUCAUGCUUUGCCACCUCCUACAAUUAAUGAAGUCAGGAUUGACUGCCACAUGUUUGUCACUCGUGUGAAUAUGGACCUCAAUAUCAUUUACUGUGAAAAUAGGAUUACUGAUUACAUGGAUCUGACUCCUGUAGAUAUUGUAGGAAAGAGAUGUUACCACUUCAUUCAUGCUGAAGAUGUGGAAGGCAUCCGACAUAGUCACUUAGACUUGCUGAAUAAGGGCCAAUGUGUAACAAAGUAUUACCGCUGGAUGCAGAAGAAUGGAGGUUAUAUCUGGAUACAGUCUAGUGCAACCAUAGCUGUCAAUGCCAAGAACGCAAGUGAGAAGAACAUCAUAUGGGUCAAUUACCUUCUUAGUAACCCAGAGUACAAGGACACUCCAAUGGAUAUUGCACAACUUCCUCAUCUGCCCGAGAAAACCUCAGAAUCCUCAGAGACCUCUGACUCUGAAUCAGACUCAAAGGACAACUCAGAGGACAAUGAGAACUCAAAGUCAGAUGAGAAAGGAAACCAAUCAGAAAACAGUGAAGACCCUGAAUCCGACAGGAAAAAGUCAGGAAAUCAGUCGGAUAACGAAAUGAACUGUAAUGAUGAUGGGAACAGCUCCAGCAACCAGGACAGCAGGGACAGCGAUGACAGCUUUGAAAACUCUGACUUCGAGAAUCAAAAGGCCCCUGAGGACAGUUUUGGCACUCUUGGCUCUAUGCAGAUCAAGGUGGAGCGCUAUGUUGAGAGUGAGUCAGACUUGCGGUUGCAGAACUGUGAAUCAUUGACCUCGGACAGUGCCAAGGACUCAGACAGUGCAGGGGAAGUAAAUGCCCAGUCUUCCAGCAAACAUCAAAAGAGGAAGAAGAGGAGAAAAAAGCAAAAGGGAGGCAGCAUGACCCGGAGAAGGCUGUCAAGCACCUCGAGUCCAAAUGGACUUGACUCCGCUUUGGUGGACCAGCCCCAGCUGCUCUCGUCGCCAAACAGUGCCUCAGUGCUCAAAAUUAAAACAGAAAUCUCAGAACCUAUCAAUUUUGAUAAUGAUAGCAGUAUUUGGAAUUAUCCACCCAACAGGGAAAUCUCAAGGAAUGAAUCACCCUACAGUAUGACCAAGCCCCCCAGCUCUGAGCACUUCCCUUCCCCCCAAGCCAGCAGUAGUUUACAUGUCUCCAUUCCAGACUCCGUUCUCACCCCGCCAGGGACUGAAAAUACUGCCAGCCGUAAAACUCAGUUCAGCACCUCAUCCAACUCGGCCUUGGCUCCUGUGUCCUCUGACCCUUUGUCACCCCCACUUUCAGCAUCUCCACGGGACAAACACCCUGGAGGUCCCACAACUUCCAACUCCUUGUUGUACACUGGGGACCUGGAAGCCCUUCAGAGGUUACAAGCAGGCAAUGUGGUGCUUCCUUUGGUUCACAGGGUAACGGGAACCCUUGCUGCGACCAGCACUGCUGCUCAGAGGGUCUACACCACUGGCACUAUUCGGUAUGCUCCAGCUGAAGUUACUUUAGCCAUGCAGGGCAACCUCCUCCCCAACACCCACGCUGUUAACUUUGUUGAUGUUAACAGCCCCAGCUUCGGGCUGGAUCCUAAAACGCCGAUGGAAAUGCUCUACCACCACGUUCACCGCCUCAAUAUGUCGGGACCAUUUGGAAGUGCUGUGAGCGGGGCCAGCCUGACCCAAAUGCCUGCAGGGAAUGUGUUCACAACUGCCGAGGGACUUUUUUCCACUCUUCCAUUUCCUGUGUACAGCAAUGGCAUUCACACUACACAGACUCUGGAACGGAAAGAGGAUUGAAAUAUGACCACAUACUGUGUUCAGUGUUAUACUCUGAGGCAUAGACUAUGUUUUAAUUUAGACCUUUAAUUCUAGCACUUUGAAUUUGAGCAGGUCAGCUUAUUCUCUCAAUAUGAUGGUCCCCAUUUCAUUCCCUUUCUCUUUAACUUGACUUAUUCUUUAAUGUAAAGAUAUUUUUUUAUUUUUGCCUUCAGAGAGUUGAAGUACCAGUUGCCUGCCAUUUUGUCUUCUUCCGAGAUGUGUGUUUUUUCCUUUGCAUCUUUAUUAAGAUGCCUUUAAUAAGUGUAUGCCUCUGCCAUAGAAUACUCAGUGUUGUGGUAAAGAGAUUUUAAAGUGACAACCAUUGGUUUUACUUCAAAAUGAUCUUGAUAUGAUCAAGAUUAAAAAAGACAAGCAUAAACAAUGUGCCCUGUUUGACUAAGUCAAAUGAAAAGGGGUUUUUGUUCCUAAUUCCUUUAAAAAUAGGGGAUAGUAUUUUAGAAUUUUAUGCAGAGUUUAAUUCUCUUUUUAUGGUUAAGAUUUUCUUACUUGCACAUAAAAUAAUUUGGGUUCUUAAAAAGUUAAUUUCUGGCCUGUGACUAGAAUGUUAAAAAGUUGGACUAAAUGUUAAUUACUGAAACUUUAACUUAAUUUCUAAAACCAUGGUGCUAUCAUUUAUUAAUCUGUAAUGUCUUCAUACAAUAUGCAGCUUGUGGGCUGGGUUUUUUGGAAAGAAUGUGUUCCGUACUGGUUUAUAGUUGGGUGCUGCAGUCUCCUUGGUUAGUUAAGACAAAAGCCCUCAUUAACAUUUGCUGCAGGACUUAAAAUUUUUUACCUCCAAACUAACAAGCAUGGCCUCAUAUCAAAUUUAAAUGGGUCAGGAAGCCGUUUUCAAAAGCGCUUAAAAACAAAAACUCAAUUUAAUUGACGCGAGGAGCAGUUUCUUAGGUGCAUAUUGUUUUGCUUUAUUCUUUUCUCAGUGUAACUGAGGCUAAUUUUACAACAUCAAAUAACACUUCGGAGAAAAAAAAAAGAAAAAAGAAAAAAACAGAAGAACUAUUUAACAUGUUUUGUUUUGGGUUUCAUUUAAUAUUAUAGAAGGAAGGUUGUAAAUUUCUUUUUGUUCUUUGAUUUGGGUACUUCUGGGGUUUUUUUUCCUUAUUUCUAGUGUUUAAACCAAUAUGUUUUAAAACUAAAGAAUGGGUUAAUAAGCUUGAAAUAGAUAACUACAACUGAAAACUGCACAUUAAGUAAAAGAAAAGAAAUCUCCUAUUUUGUCUUUGUUGCCAGAAAUCACAGUGUAGUGUCAAACACUCCAAAUGACUGUCAAAUAUAAAUUCUUCUUCCACUCCAUCUUUGGCAGCUGUUUGUUAAGGCAUCUAAUAACAGAUGUGAGAACUGUAAUGUGUACAAUGUGUAAGUGUCCUUGGCUGUCAGUCCCAUUGCAGUUUCAAUGUGUGUUACUAUAUGCAGUAUAUACUAAGCUAAUGUAGUUGUUUUGUCCUUUGUCUUCUCUGUGCUUUAUCUCUAGUCCGGAGUGGUAAAGUCCCAUUCCUGCAGUCCUAGUGAACCAGUGAUUCUUGGGGGUUAGUGGUUUUUGUGUGGUGGCCUUCCUCUGUAAUGUCACCUUAUGCUGCUUCCACUGUCUGUAAACCUUUUAAUUUCUGCUGUUGCUUUGCUGUUGUGUAUUCUCAAACCUCUCUCUUCCCCUUCCUCCCCCCCUUCUUUCUCUCGCUCUCUCGUUCUCUCUUCUUCACUCUCAGAGAUAAAAGACUCUUAACUAGCUCAAGGUUAAUGGAGCCAUUUUUCCCACAGAGGAAUUCUGGGUAUGACGUACUCUUCCAGUGUACCCCACAAUGCACUACAGAGUAAUGCUCAGAUAUAUUAAGCAAAUUGAUGCCAUAUCGCCUCAGUUGUUAACAUUCCCAGAGUCCCUUGUGCUCGAACUGUAAGCGGAGGGUGCAUUUCUUUGGUUUUCUCCCAGGUAGGUUGGCGGAGUAAUAUGCAGAGUAAAUACCAGUGAGAUCGGGAACACUUUCAAAGGUUGACCAGCAUUGUUGAAAAAGGAAACUGAGCUUAGAAUUGUCAUAUCUCUUUGCUUACGUGUGCAAUGCUAAUGUAAGAACUCAGCUGUCCUUUGAAUUUUUGAUCACUCACUGCGUCAAUUCCUUUAGUAGCUUUGAAUUUGAGAAGCAGGUCCAAGCCACAGUGAAGUAAUGGCGAAAAAGGAGUUGGAUGCCACAAAUUUAAUUAAUGAGCUUUUAAAGGUUCCAUUGGAAGGAUUUAAGGAGGUCUAAAAAAAGGUGAGAAAGCUGAUUAAGAAAUUCAAAGUUUAAUUUUGGAAGCUCUGCUCUAGCUAUGGAACAAUCAAAGGAGUGCACCUAUCAGCUACAAAGAACAGCUAGACAGCUGUUGUUGUUUUGGUUUUUUUUAUAAAUGUUUCUGUGUUGUGUCAAAAUGAUUUCUGGUGAUUUAAACUAACAGAUAAUCACAGCUGCUGUCUAAAUCCAUAGUGUUUAAAAUUACAAAAUGAAAAAAAAACUUCAUUACCUGUGAAGACUGUGUCUGUGUUUUUAACUAUUUCUUGUACAAAUAUAUGAAAUCUUUUAUGAGGAGACUGGUGCCAAGUAGCUGAAUAAUGGGGAAAGGGAUUCUGUUCGUAUAAAUCUUAGCAGUGUUACCAACUCUACAAUAUAAAAAAAAAUUAAAAUGUUAAAAAGUGACAGCUAUGGUACAUUUAUUUUGUGUUAAGCUAACCGAAUCUAACUUCUUGAGUGCCUGGCUUAUUUGAAACAUUUUUUUCAUUGAUCAUUGAUAAUGCUGCAAAUCAGAAAUGUACAUACUUCAUUUACAACAGGGUUCUUUUUAUACUUUUGUAGAUUCUCAUACAUGUCAUACAUGGUUGUCUUUAUGUAACUUAAUUUUUUUUCAUCCCGCAGGUGCCAUUUUCAUAAUAAACUUCUCUUGGAUUUGUUA